AUCUCCGAGAGAAGACCUAGAAGGUCCAGAGAGCGGCAUCACCGAGCAGACCAACAAAACAGGCAACUCUGAGCCAGAAGAGAAGUUCAGAUAGGAGUUUGUUGUACAGGAUGAUUAGCAAAAUGACUCAAACCGAAAUUAAGGUGCUUAAAACAAGAUGUGGGAUGAUCUGACAGAAGCAUCUUGUAAAGCUUAAUUGCUAAGCCAGGCUUUAGCCUCAAAGGAUGCCUCUGUCCGUGUGACAGCGCUGGUGUCAAUGCGGUGCUGUAGUCGUUUAGUGGUGGUACACGCUCAUGUCAGCAGCAUUUUGCAAAUGUGUUUUACUGCCUUGGAGGUGUAGGUCGCACCUGGAUAACUGUCACUGUAGCAGGAAGAGUGCACAUGUCCCUUUCCUUUCUAGGUGGUCUCAAAGAACAUGAAAGGGGGACUUGAGUAGUUUUUAUUAAAGAUCAUUGGAGUUGGGUGAAAGAUUUGUCCACUGUGGCAGUAUUUGUAGAUCUGUGUGUCUGUGGCGGGCUAGUGGAGAAAGGUGAAGCACUUAAGGAAACUCUUAAAUUGGAACGUUUACUAAAUAGUUCAACUUUUGGAGUAUUAAAAAGCCUAUUUUGAAACACAACAUUCGUGCCUCGUGUUCCUGUCCAUACCAUAGGAAAGAGCAUUUUUUAGCUUUGAUGCUGACUUCAAUCUGUCCUUUGUAUUUUCAGUGAGGAAAUGAAUCGUGGGUUGAUACUGAAGUUUGAAAAUGUGGUGCAGUUACGUGGUGUGUGCCAGCAGCUGCGUACUCUCUCCCACAGAAGAGUUUACAGAGCACAAUGGGAGCCUGUGCAGUCAUCUGCAUGUCCCAGGAGGUCCAUCCUUCUGCAUCCGCAGCGCUGGCAGAAAGACAAAUUUAUCAGUGUUGCCUUAUCGCCAUGCAGACAGCUCGCUACAAAGGAGGAGACAAAACAGAAGAAAAAGAAGAUACUAGUGACAAAAGGUGAAGUGGAGAUAAAGCAGAAGAUGACUGUUGAGGAACUUGCACGAGCUAUGGGUAAAGACAUAGAUCAUAUUUAUGAAGUGCUGCUGUACACAGACAUUGACCUUGAUUCAGUAGAACCAGAUUCGAUUUUGUAUGAAGACCAUAUCAAGCUAAUUGUCAAAAAAUCAGGCAUGAAGUUUAAAUCAGCAAAACUGAAAGAGGAAAAAGAAAGAGUAAACACAGAUGCUGUGAAAAGGCCUCCUGCAGACCCAGCAGCACUAACCCCACGGCCCCCGGUUGUUACUAUCUUGGGCCAUGUUGAUCAUGGGAAAACAACCUUACUUGACAGUCUGAGAAAAACUCAAGUGGCAUCCAUGGAAGCAGGAGGCAUUACACAACACAUCGGGGCUUUUCUUGUGCAUUUGCCUUCUGGGGAAAAGAUAACUUUUCUUGAUACUCCUGGACAUGCAGCUUUUUCAGCCAUGCGAGCAAGAGGUACCCAUGUUACUGACAUCGUCAUCCUGGUUGUGGCAGCAGAAGAUGGGGUGAUGCAACAAACUGUAGAGUCCAUCCAGCAUGCUAAAAAUGCAGGAGUUCCUCUUAUUCUCGCCAUUAAUAAAUGUGACAAACCUGAAGCUGAUCCUGAAAGAGUAAAGAAGGAAUUGCUGGCUCACGAUGUAGUCUGUGAAGAGUUCGGAGGUGAUGUUCAAGCUGUAAAUAUUUCUGCGCUUAAGGGUGAAAACCUGAUGGUUUUAGCAGAAGCAACGGUUGCUUUAGCAGAGAUGUUAGAACUGAAGGCAGAUUCUACAGGUCUGGUAGAGGGGACUGUAAUUGAGUCUCGCAAAGACAAAGGUAAAGGUCCAGUUACCACAGCCAUCGUACAAAGAGGAACUCUGCGGAAGGGCUGUGUUCUGGUUGCAGGGAAGACGUGGGCGAAAGUGCGUUUCAUGUUUGAUGAGAAUGGCAAAGCUGUAGAUGCAGCCUCUCCGGGCAUCCCAGUGGAAAUCAUGGGCUGGAAGGAUGUCCCUUCGGCGGGUGAUGAAAUCCUUGAAGUAGAAUCUGAGCAAAGGGCCCAUGAAGUUAUGGCGUGGAGAACCUAUGCUGAACAACAGGAGAGGAUGAAAAGGGACAUGGAAGUUAUUGAAGCAAAGCAAAAGGAACACAGGAUGGAAUAUGAGAAGAAGCAACAGAACCUAGCCCAUCUGACCUGGAGACAGAGGAAGGCAGUGCUCUACAAGUCCAACAAGCACCUCAUGUUUUCAAGGCCUAAAGAGAGAACAGAGAUGGACAAGAAUGUGUUGUCGAUAGUUGUGAAAGGUGAUGUGGAUGGCUCUGUGGAAACUGUUCUGAACAUUCUGGACAGCUACGAUGCUGACCAUGAAUGUAAACUGGACAUCAUUCAUUUUGGAAUGGGAGACAUCAGUGAAACAGAUAUAAAUCUUGCUGAAGCAUUCAAUGGUGUUGUAUUUGGAUUCUGUGUGAAAGCCAAUCAAAGCAUUGAACAACUGGCUGCUAAAAAGGGAAUAAAAAUUAAACUUCACAAUAUAAUCUACAAACUUAUUGAAGACUUGAAAGAUGAGCUAAAUAGCAGACUACCCCCAUCUGUGGAGGAGAACACAAUAGGGGAAGCUUCUGUUCUGGACAUCUUCUCUGUCACUGUAGGAAAAAACAAAAUUCCAGUAGCUGGAUGCAGAGUACAGAAGGGGCUGCUAGACAAAAAAAUGAAAUUCAAGUUAAUCCGUAAGGGGGAUGUUAUUUGGAAAGGAUCUUUAUCGUCGCUGAAGCAUCAUAAAGAUGAUGUCCAGGUAAUAAAAGUGGGUAUGGAUUGCGGAUUGAGUUUGGAUGAGUAUCUAGAAUUCAAUAUUGGUGAUGGAAUUAUCUGUUACGAAGAAAAAGAAGUUCAACAGACAACUUCCUGGGAUCCAGGAUUUUAAAAUACGUUUGAAUACAUUUACACUCGAGAACAUGUAUUAUUCCUGACUGCCCUUCAACUCUUAACAUUAAAUGGACUUUCAGAGACAA